AUGCCUUUGACUGUGGCAAGGCGUUUGGGUUUUGAGAAAUACAAGGAGUGCCAUUUCUCUUUGAUCCUUGCUGAUAGAUCAGUUAAGCUUCCAGUAGGCAUGCUUGAAGAUAUGCCACUCAAGGUGGGAAACGUAGUUCCAACUGACUUUGUGGUAGUAGAGAUGGAUGAAGAACCCAAAGACCCAUUGAUUUUGGGAAGACCUUUCCUUGCCACUGCUGGAGCUAUAAUAGACGUGAGAAGAGGCAAGAUUGAGCUGAAUUUGGGUCAAGACUGCAAGAUGGUGUUCAAUGUAAAAGACGUUAUGAAGCAACCAACCAUCAAUGGCGAGUCAUUUUACAUUGAAACACUUGAGCAGCUAGCCGAUGACUAUUUGGAAGAAUUGAGUGUGAGGAUAAGCUGCAGCUGGCUCUGA